AUGGGUGAGGUAAAUAAAGAUGCUGUUGAAAAAUACUUGGAGAACAAUCCCCAGUUUGCCAAGGAAUAUUUUGACCGCAAAAUGAGGGCAGAAGUGCUGGGAAGUAUCUUUCAAGUGAGCCCUGGAGAUGUGAAGGAAGGAGUAAGCUUCAAAGACAUGUCUCGCCUGGAGGAGUGUAACAUACUUUUUGAGCUGCUGACAGAAAUCCAGGAUGAAGCAGGCUCUAUGGAAAAGAUUGUGCACAAAACCCUGCAGAGGCUGUCACAGCUGCUGGCAGCCGAUCGGUGUAGCAUGUUUAUUUGUCGUUCCCGAAAUGGUAUUCCAGAAGUAGCUACCAGGCUUCUCAAUGUCACUCCAACUUCCAAAUUUGAGGAGAAUUUGGUGAAUCCAGACAACGAAACUGUUUUCCCUUUGGACAUCGGGAUAGCGGGAUGGGUUGCUCAUACCAAGAAGUUUUUUAAUAUACCUGAUGUGAAAAAGAAUAACCAUUUUUCAGACUUUCUGGACAAACAAACUGGUUAUACAACUGUCAAUAUGUUGGCAAUCCCAAUCAUGCAGGGUAAAGAGGUGCUUGCUGUUGUCAUGGCUCUCAACAAAUUAAACGCCAGUGAGUUCUCAAAAGAGGAUGAAGAGGUCUUUAAAAAAUACCUCAAUUUUAUAUCUUUGGUCCUAAGAAACCAUCACACCUCAUAUCUCUACAACAUUGAAUCCCGAAGAAGUCAGAUGCUGUUGUGGUCUGCCAACAAAGUAUUUGAAGAGCUAACAGACAUAGAACGUCAGUUUCACAAAGCACUGUAUACUAUUCGAAUGUAUUUAAACUGUGAAAGAUAUUCUGUUGGUCUGCUGGACAUGACUAAAGAGAAGGAGUUCUAUGAUGAAUGGCCCAUUCGGCUGGGGGAGGCAGAGCCUUACAAAGGUCCCAAGACACCUGAUGGAAGAGAAAUCAACUUUUAUAAGAUUAUUGACUACAUCUUGCAUGGGAAAGAAGAAAUCAAAGUCAUUCCGUCACCUCCAGCAGAUCACUGGUGUCUUAUCAGUGGAUUGCCAACAUAUGUUGCAGAAAAUGGAUUUAUUUGUAACAUGAUGAAUGCACGAGCAGAUGAAUAUUUCACAUUUCAGAAAGGACCCGUGGAUGAGACUGGAUGGGUUAUCAAAAAUGUCCUUUCAUUGCCUAUUGUCAACAAAAAAGAAGAAAUUGUGGGAGUUGCAACAUUCUACAACAGGAAAGAUGGAAAACCUUUUGAUGAGUACGAUGAACAGAUAAUUGAAACUCUUACACAGUUCCUGGGGUGGUCUGUUUUAAAUACUGACACUUAUGAUAAAAUGAACAAGCUUGAAAAUAGAAAAGACAUUGCUCAGGAAAUGCUUAUGUACCAGACAAAGGCUACUCCUACUGAAGUUGAAUCUAUACUGAAAUACAAAGAGAAAUUAAAUGUAAAGAGUAUAGAAGAAUGUGAUGAAAAAGAUCUUAUCAGGAUUUUGAAAGAAGAACUACCCGAUCCCAAAGACUUAGAACUAUAUGAAUUUCGCUUCAGUGACUUUCCCGUUACAGAACACGGCUUGAUAACUUGUGGAAUACGGCUGUUCUUUGAGAUAAAUGUUGUUGAAAAGUUCAAAGUCCCAGCAGAGGUCCUUACAAGAUGGAUGUACACAGUCAGGAAGGGUUAUCGAGAUAUCACUUACCACAACUGGCGACAUGGAUUCAACGUGGGACAAACAAUGUUUACUUUGCUGAUGACAGGUAGAAUAAAGAAAUACUACACUGAUCUAGAAGCCUUUGCCAUGGUUGCUGCUGCUUUCUGCCAUGACAUUGAUCACAGAGGGACCAAUAACUUGUAUCAAAUGAAAUCAGCUGCUCCACUAGCAAAGCUUCAUGGCUCUUCCAUUUUAGAAAGACAUCACCUGGAGUACAGUAAAACCCUACUGCAAGAUGAGAGUUUAAACAUCUUCCAGAACCUAAAUAAGCGCCAGUUUGAAACCGUUCUACACUUAUUUGAAGUUGCAAUAAUAGCAACUGACUUGGCUUUGUAUUUCAAGAAAAGGACUAUGUUUCAAAAGAUUGUGGAUGCAAUUGAAAAAAUGGAAACAGAAGAGGAGGCAAUUAAAUAUAUAUCUAUUGAUCCAACCAAAAAAGAAGUCAUCAUGGCUAUGAUGAUGACCGGAUGUGACUUGUCUGCUAUAACCAAGCCUUGGGAGGUACAAAGUAAGGUUGCCCUCAUGGUUGCAAAUGAAUUUUGGGAGCAAGGUGACCUGGAACGAACUGUACUACAGCAACAACCAAUUCCCAUGAUGGACAGAAACAAAGGUGAUGAACUACCUAAGCUCCAAGUUGGUUUCAUAGAUUUUGUGUGCACUUUUGUGUACAAGGAAUUCUCAAGAUUUCACAAGGAAAUUACACCCAUGUUUGACGGUCUUCAGAACAACAGGGUUGAAUGGAAAACUAGAGCUGAUGAAUAUGAAGAGAAGAUGAAAGUUAUUGAGGAACAAAAGAAAAAGGAAGAAGAAGCAGCUGCCAAAAAAGCUGAAAAUGCAGCUGGAGGUGGAAGUGGAGAGGAUGGAAAAUCCAAAACAUGUAUAAUUUUGUAA